AAACACAGCAAGCCUAAUUUAUUUAACAUAUUUGUUUUAAGCAUUAACAAAUGACGGUUGUAUAGCUUUUGCAACAGAAAUAUCAUAAUUUAAUUGGCCAUGGCCGCCUGUGUGCUUUGCCUUGGAUGCUGCAAAAUCGGCGAGUCCUUUAAGAUAUUUUCGGAGGCAGGUUUGCGGCUAAACAUUUGCCAAACAAUAAACAAACAUUUUUGGCUUGAGUUGAACAGCGCGACCGGCGAAAUUGAGGAAGUCUGUUAUCAGUGCUGGGAAUGUGUUAGCAACUUUAAUGAGUUCUACCAAGGCGUCUACAACGCGCAUCAGGAACGACGCGAAGUCAAAAAUGUGCCCAUCGAUUUCUGUGCCGAAUCUGAAGCCACUAAUCCACUGGCCUUUGGAGCUGAGCUGGAUGCACUGGACGAGGACUUCUUUGCAUCUGGUAAUGUUAAGGUGGAGGUGAACGAACUGGAACCAUUGCCCAAGCUGGAAAAUCUGGAGCAGCCAGUGCUUGAAGAACCAAAAGCCACAAAGCGCGCCAUUGCCGAUAAUCCAACAACUACAACUGCAAAGCGUCGCAUUAAAAAGGAGAAACUGACGAUCCUCAGUGACUCCGAUGGGGAUGUACCACUCGCUGAGUUUCUUGACCUGAAAAGGGCUGGAAAACCAACGGCAUCAGGGGAUGAUCAAACAGCAGCCAAGGGCAGACAAUUGCGUAGGAGCUCUCGACGUGGCUGCAGAGUGAAAACAUCGCCUGAAUCAUCUCCAGCAAAUUUAAAGAAGGAGUUCUUGUCGGACGAUGAGCUUGAUAAUGACAAUGACAUGGAUUUCGCGGCUCCCGAGGCCGUGCUCGGCACCGAUGACAGUGAGACUUCCAGUGAAAGCAGCGGCAGCGAGUCUGGAGACAGUUUGCCCGACGUGGAGCCAGAGGAGCGUUACGCCGAGAUUCCCAAGCGAGUUGUAGUCAAGCCCAAGAAAUAUCGGAAGCGUGAGAAGCCACUGGUUGCACCCGUGCGCAUGAGUCGGGAAGAGAUUGAGAAGCGGAAAGCUCAGCAAAACGAAUACGAUGAGAUUAUAUUUGACUUCUUCAAGAAACUGCCAUGUCACAUAUGCAACCUGCUGGUGCAGAACUUUGGAGAUAUGCGACGCCAUCUACGCAUGACCCACAACAUUGAAAGUGGAUUUAUUGCCUGCUGUGGUCGCAAAUUCCAUAUACGCAAAGGUCUAGCUGAACAUGUGCUCGUCCAUAAAAAUCCUGAGCACUUUAUGUGCACCCAAUGCGGUCGUGUUUUCCAGGACUCGAAGACUCUCGAGACGCACGAGCAAACACACACAAAUCCUCAGACACAGGAGAAAACCACUUACCAGUGUGAAAAGUGUCCCAAGAGCUUUACCACAAAGGCAGCUCGCGAGUAUCACAAUUUGUCCAAACAUGUACCCAAGUCGGACUUUAAGUUCCCCUGUCCCGAGUGCAACAAGAAAAUGCCGACGGAGCGUAAACUGAAGCAACAUCUGCGUUACAUGCACGAUCCGGAGAGUGCCAUCAUCUGCGACAAGUGCGGCAAAACGUUGCGCACUCAGGCGAAUCUCAAGAAGCACCACGAACUGGAACAUUCCGAUGCGCCGCGUCCCAAGCCAGAUCGUGUGCAGUGCGAGAUAUGCGGCACAUGGCUAAGCCACAUGUCCGGCCUCAAGCAGCACAUGAGCACCGUGCACGAGCCACCCGGAACCGAGCAUCGUUGUCCCAUCUGCGACAAGAAAUCGACGAAUGCGCGUGCUCUUAAACGCCACAUUUACCAUAAUCAUCAAUGCGAGAGAAAGUUCCGGUGCACCAUGUGUGAAAAGGCGUUCAAGAGGCCACAGGAUCUAAGAGAGCACACAUCCACGCACACGGGCGAGGUGCUGUACACCUGUCCCAACUGUCCGCAGACGUUCUUCUCCAAUGCCAACAUGUACAAGCAUCGCCAGCGACUGCAUCGCGCUGAAUGGGAGGCGGAUCGCAAGAAACCCCUCCCGCCUAACAUCAUGAAACAAGCCUCUUCCACAAUUAAGAAACGACAGGUGCUCACAAUCACGACGGGCCUGGGAGUUUUUACACAAUCCACUGACCUUGCUGCGGCUGUCCACAAGCAGGAGCCUCAACUGCAAUAGUUUUUUAUAUUUAUGACAAAAUAGAAUAAAUCAUUUACUCGAUAUAUAUAUAUAUGAUAUGAUAUAUAUUCCGCACAGAAGUACAUUCAUAGAUUAAAGAUAAACUUAAACAUACAUAUAUAA